AAGCGAACACUCCCAACAGGCACCAAGGUACAGGGAGUGUCUCGUGUUUCCAACACUUCCCUGCUUGUUGAGCAAAGUAACAAUUAACAGCUCCCUGGACUCUUGCAUAAAACUGUUGAAGGUAUCUGUCAGGUAGAGUGAAGUGCUGUCAUGCUUCGUCCGGGGCUCAAUAAAAAGGCACGUGAAACUCCUCUGUUACUUUUCAGCUGGUUUUGAUCACACAUACAGAUGUAAAGCCAGACUCUCUUUCGACCUGGGCUUUGUGGCCUCCAGCUUGUCCACACAUCUUAAUGGAACUGGUCCAGGUUCACACUGGUAUAAAUGAGAGCACCAUUUGACAUUCAGUUUUUACUCAUUCCUCAAACAAAUGCACACCAGUUGGCUUCAAUUGACAUUUGCCAGUGUACGGACUGAGUAAAAGCUGAGGACUCCACUGGAUCAACUGGAAUUUCUACGUUUCCCAUCCAAUUCCACGGGAACCUGGUUCAGCUUUACUUGCUAGGACACUUUCAAUUUGUGACCUGAGGCAACUUUACAUCCGUUGCCCAUGAGUUAAUCUAUGCUGUGACAAGGAUUCGAGUCUCAUCCCAUGCCAUCUAAUCUGAAUAAAUGAAGAAAGUGACUAUGAAAUCACAACAUCUACCAUCUGCUGUUUCCAUCAAUGAGGACAAGUACAUUACUAGGGAUCAACUUAACUCUUUACUGAAGACGUAUAACUAUUUUUAUGCUGACCAAGAGAAUCUGCAACUCUCCUAUAAUCAGCCAGAAGGCAGCAAACCAGUUAUCGAAGGAAUCCUGGCUAUUUUUUGGGGAGUACGUUGUCCCAUCUGGUUAAAAAUCCAAGAUGAGAAGCAAAUUCCCCCUUUUGUGACUCUGAAGUCACCAGAGCGUAUGGGUUCGUUCCCUAGUAAAAGGGGGAUGAUGCGCUGGGGAGAAGUUCAUAAUCUCCAUCAAAUUAACGAAGAGACACCAAGUUCUUCAGAAGAACCCCCAAACCAUGAGAAAGGUUGCUCCUCUUAUGAGAGCAGCACCCUGAAGCCCAGGAGUGUGCAAGAGCUCAACUCCCUGACCCCUCCCAGAACCAGAACCAUGAGUGAUGCUGCACAAAUGAGGAAAAGGGAAAAUUCCCUCACAAUAGCAAGAAAAGACACGGAAACGCUCAGGUUCUCCAUUAAUGGGCAUUUCUACAACUACGAGACAUCUGUUUUCACUCCAGCCUUUGGAUCAGAAACUAAAAUAAGAAUAAACAGUAACAUGAAAACAGGAGAGGUAAUUGAGCAACUACUGCGGAAAUUUAAGAUUGAAAACAGUCCACAAGAAUUUGCACUUUAUAUCAUCCAUGCAUCAGGAGAAAAGAAAAGGCUCAAGAACACAGACACUCCGCUGCUGGAGAGACUUUUACAGGGUCCCUCAGAAAAGAUUGUCCAAUUUUUUCUCAUGGACAAGAAUGCAGAAGAAGUUACCAGUGAUGUUGCUCAGUACCUUAAAUUUCAUGUUCCUCUUCUGGAAUCCUUUCUGCACAAACUAGAAGAAGAAGAAGAACGGGAGAUUCAACAGACAAUUGCAAAAUACGUUAGGGAGAAGGAUAUCAUACGUCAGCACCUUGACAGUAAAACAGUAAUAAAAACGGAGACUACCGUAUAAUGUCACAGCCUGCAGCUGAUGAAACACUUCCUGUAAGCCAAAGGAGACUUAAUUUUAUAUCCUUGGAAAUACUGAGAAUGUGACAUCUAUAGCACAUGAGCCUGUCAAGUGGGGUCGGGUGUGUUGCUGGCGACUUUGCAUCUGGGAUUGAAAAGAAACUCCACUGCAAUCUGAAUGGGAAUUAAGAAGAGCUGAUAAAAAACGUAUUGUUCUCUAUAUGGGUACUGCACAUUCUGAAAACUCGUGUAACUAGAAACUUCAGAAAGGAGAAAAGCCAAUUAAAAGGGCACAACUUUGAAACCUGUCCACUUGCACCCCACUAGCCAGAGCAUUGUGAAGACAGAUAAAUAUCGUAAUCCCCCAGAUGAAGUAAGAAUCGUACAGAAAAUAGUCAUCAGCUGUCUUUGUUUGAGAGAGAUUAUUUAUUCUGAGUCUGGGGGUGCUCAUUUAAUGAAUCUAGGGCCAAAUUUUCAAAGGUAUUUAGGCACGUAAGCAGGUGAGGUAGCUAAAUCCCAUUGAAAGUCAAUGGAAGGAAGGCGCCUAAGUCCCUUACCUUUGUAAAUCAGACCUUUAGUGUUUUAGCUUGAAUAAUAAGAUCUGAAAAAGACACUUCCCCUCAUGCUUUGUAUUUAAUCAAUUGAUUAAAAAUAAGAGAUUAAUUUUGCACUUGAAACUCCUUUUUAAGUCACUGUGUAAUGAGCUCUCUCUAAACAUUAUUACAAUUGAUCAGUUUCUUCAAGACCCCAUAGAGGUAUUUUCUUUUGGCUAAGAAACAGAUUACUUUCCUAUUUCCUUAUUCCUUCUUCUUGUUUAGAGGCUAAGGGGGGCUCUGUUCAGCAGGCAAAAAUAGGUGCAGGCAGUACGAUUCCAGUGAGUACUGCUGGGGCACACUAGCAUAAUUCAACCAUGUCCCUGAGGAUGGAGGGCUCAGGCACUGUGGGACCACAGCGCAGAGUCUGUAUCAGUCUCUUCCUUAAUAUCGUUCACUUGGAUCACACAUCCCAAGCAUUUUGCUAAGACCAAACUUGCCAAGUUGUAAAUAAAGCCCAUAUAAUUCAUAUGAAUAACUCACUGCCCCCUGUUGUCAUGCUGUGUUUGCCUUUUGUCUUGUGGUUUCUAUGUCCCAUGCUGAGCUGUCAUGUACUUAUACAGGAUAAAUUAUAUAGGACAAACAUUGAGGGGUUGCUUUACCAUAAUGCAAAAUAUGCUGCUGUAGAACAUAGUGGAAUAAAUUACACAAAUAUAAAUAACAACUUUAUUCUUGCCUGAGAUAUUGUAACUUGGAUGGUGUCAAAAAUGAAAAGCACCUGUGUUAAUGGGAAUUAUUAUUUGUUAUCAGCAACUAGUUUAUUUUAAUGUACAGCUUCUUGUAACUCUACCUGUGCACUUUUUAUUAAGGUGCUUAUUUUUUGGCUAAAACUAUUCAGCAGUCAAAAUACUUAGCAUUAAAUAUCUCAAAGCUAGAACUGUCCAUUCCUUAAGUCAAAUGCAGCUGCAGUAUUUGAAAAGUUUCAUUGCCAAGCCUUAAAAAAUGGGAAAUUUGAGCCAAAAGGUUUAGGCUUGUAAAGGGUAGGCCACUUUUCAAUAAAGUCUGGACCAGUUUAUGGUUUUGGGUCAAAACCAAGUAAAUUAAAUGAUUGUGUGGUUUCCACCCAAAACCAAGCACAAGUUAGUUUUAGCUGAGUUUCACAUUGCGUUUUCAGUUCGCUUGAAGACAUAGUGUAACCUUUGGCACUGGGUAGAUGGUACUACAACAUAUUUAGGUAUUAUUAUAUUAAUAUAACUGGAGUACAAGCCUUCUGACUGAUUAGCAAUUAUACAAUUUAUUUUAUUGUUUUAAUCUUAAUACAAAAAGGUAUUUUUUGUAACUCUGGUCUCUCUCAAUGGUUUGCAAUGUAUCCAGUGCAUUAUAUGUUUGAAAAAAUUCUGAGUUUUAUGUAGAAUGGCCUAUGGAAUUCAGCCUAGUAAUUGUUGAAUAGUUAUUUAUGAAUACAGAGUAUGAAAAUGUUGACAUAUUAAAAUAUGAAUAACUCAAUGAC